GCACUUCCUCCCCGGCCCCCCCAUCGGGUGGGGGGGACUCUCCGGGCCGCUUCGCCGCCUCGGGGGGCCGCAGACCUCUGACCGCCGAGGCGCCGUUGGGGCCCGCGUCCGAUAUGGAGAGAGCGGCGGCGGCCUCUGCCUGCCGCAACAGCAACGUUCGCCGCCGCCGCCGCGACUUCGUGCGCUAGAUCCGAGAAGCCGCCGUCCCCGCGCCGCCCUUGCCGUCCCCGCUACAUCCGCGCCGGGCGCUGUGAUGGAGUAAGGGCCCUGCCGCCCGUGAGAAGCGUGCCCGCCCCUCGGACCGGGCCGGGCCUGCUCCCGCGCCCGCGCAGCUCGAACUGAGGAGGUGCCUCCGCGUCCGGAGAUGCAGCUCGCGCGAAGGCCGCCCGCCGAGCCGCGGGGCUAGACUGAGCGCCGAGUCCCGGCCGAGCGCCUUAGCCGCCGCGUUCUGCGCCCCGCGGCCGCCGGGGACAAACUCAGACGCUGGUUCCUCGCUCUCUUUUUUGUCUGCAAGUCUCAGGGACGGAGGAGGGGCGCCAGGGCCCCAUGUGUGGGAGGAUUGCUUCAGCUCCACAAACUUGCACGGAUUUUGGUUACUACUUUGGCCAGCGGUUCUGCUCUGAUUUCCUCCGAAUUGUUGCAAAUUCGCCAUUGUUCCCGGGCUGCUUACAAAGUUGGAUCCGGAAUUUCUUUUCAACCGGGAGCCAGCGGUGUCGAAGCGUCUGCAAUGAACCCGGUGAAUGCUACUGCUCUCUACAUUUCCGCGAGCCGCCUAGUGCUCAACUACGACCCGGGAGACCCCAAGGCGUGUACAGAGAUUAACAGGCUUUUGCCUUACUUCCGACAGUCCCUCUCGUGCUGUGUUUGCGGACAUUUGCUGCAAGAUCCUAUUGCACCUACCAACUCCACCUGUCAACACUAUGUCUGCAAAACUUGUAAAGGCAAGAAAAUGAUGAUGAAACCUUCCUGUAGCUGGUGCAAGGACUAUGAGCAAUUUGAGGAAAACAAGCAGUUAAGCAUCCUAGUGAACUGCUACAAAAAACUAUGUGAAUAUAUAACACAGACUACAUUGGCACGGGAUAUAAUAGAAGCCGUCGACUGUUCUUCUGAUAUUUUGGCUUUGCUUAAUGAUGGAUCAUUGUUUUGUGAGGAAACAGAAAAACCCCCAGAUUCAUCCUUUACUUUGUGUUUGACACAUUCCCCUUUACCUUCGACCUCAGAACCCACAGCUGAUCCUCAGACUAGUUUGUCUCCAAUAUCUGAAAGCACCCUUAGCAUUGCUAUAGGCAGUUCUGUUAUCAAUGGUUUGCCUACUUAUAAUGGGCUUUCAAUAGAUAGAUUUGGUAUAAAUAUUCCUUCACCUGAACAUUCAAAUACGAUUGAUGUAUGUAACACUGUUGACAUAAAAACUGAGGAUCUCUCUGACAGCCUGCCACCUGUCUGUGACACGGUCGCCACUGACUUAUGUUCUACAGGCAUCGAUAUCUGCAGUUUCAGUGAAGAUAUAAAACCCGGUGAUUCUCUGUUACUGAGUGUUGAGGAAGUCCUCCGCAGCUUAGAAACUGUUUCAAAUACAGAGGUUUGUUGCCCUAAUUUGCAGCCCAACUUGGAAGCCACUGUAUCCAAUGGACCUUUUCUGCAACUUUCUUCCCAAUCUCUUAGCCAUAAUGUUUUUAUGUCCACCACUCCUGCACUUCAUGGGUUAUCAUGUACAGCAGCAACUCCGAAGGUAGCAAAAUUGAAUAGAAAACGAUCCAGAUCAGAAAGUGACAGUGAGAAAGUUCAGCCACUUCCGAUAUCUACCAUUAUCCGAGGCCCAACAUUGGGGGCAUCUGCUCCUGUGACAGUGAAACGGGAAAGCAAAAUUUCUCUUCAACCUAUAGCAACUGUUCCCAAUGGAGGCACAACGCCCAAAAUCAGCAAAACUGUACUUUUAUCUACUAAAAGCAUGAAAAAGAGUCAUGAACAUGGAUCCAAGAAAUCUCACUCUAAAACCAAGCCAGGUAUUCUUAAAAAGGACAAAACAGUAAAGGAAAAAAUCCCUAGUCAUCAUUUUAUGCCAGGAAGUCCUACCAAGACUGUAUACAAAAAACCCCAGGAAAAGAAAGGGUGUAAAUGUGGGCGUGCUACUCAAAAUCCAAGUGUUCUUACAUGCCGCGGCCAACGUUGCCCUUGCUACUCUAACCGCAAAGCCUGCUUAGAUUGUAUAUGUCGUGGCUGCCAAAACUCCUAUAUGGCCAAUGGGGAGAAGAAGCUGGAGGCAUUUGCUGUGCCAGAAAAGGCCUUGGAGCAGACCAGGCUCACUUUGGGCAUUAAUGUGACUAGCAUUGCUGUGCGCAAUGCUAGUACCAGCACCAGUGUAAUUAAUGUCACAGGGUCCCCAGUAACAACGUUUUUAGCUGCCAGUACACAUGAUGAUAAAAGUUUGGAUGAAGCUAUAGACAUGAGAUUCGACUGUUAAAUCAGUGGGUCUUUAAACCUACCUCUGGUAGGGAAAUAGCUACAGUUUUACGGCAGCUAUGGUUUUGUUGGUUUAACUUGCCGGAGCUCCUGCAUAUAGAUCACUUGUAUCAAGUGUUUUCAUUGCUAAGUUAUAUGUGUUAGUGUCGGGGAAAUAGUUUGCAGAUAAUGGAGGAGUAACCCUACAACUGUAUGUCCUUAGUUCUUACAGAACCUCAUAGUUUGAGAACAAAUGCUGAUGCAACUGAUUUAUACACAAUGAACUUUGGCAAGGAGAAUAACAUUAACCUCAUUGUUUAUGGUCAUGCUUUGUGCAUAAUCAAAGUUUAUGAUUAAGUGUAAGGAAGUGGUAUCUAGUCAGUCCAUAAAGAUUGUGCUAAUUUCUUGUGAAAAAGUAGCCAUUAGUUUGUUCAGGAGACUCAGUGCUGCUUUCAGAUGCCAUUGAUGUUUCUCCUGUUGAAAAGCUGAUGUGUCCAGCUCAACCUUUGUGCUGACAUACCAUUUCUGAUCAUGAAAAUUGGCUACUGGUGUAUGUAGCAGUUCUUAAAUCAGCAGUAUUAUGAAAGAAAAUUUGCCCCUCAUUAGAAUGUUGAAGAAAUAUCUUUUAAAAGUAAACUGAAAAUCUGUCAGACUGCAAAUGUUAGCUGUUUAUGCUAAGAAACUUGAGUCUUUUUCAGUUGUCUGACUCAUUUCUAGGGAAAAUACCUUCUUUCACUUUGAGCAAUGUUCUAAUUAGGUAAGUGAAGAGCAGUUUUAUCCUGAAGGUAAUUGAAUUUAGACUAUAGAAUAUGACAAUUUUUUAACAAAUUAUAUAUUUUUUUUAAAAAUUGGGAUUUAUUUAAAAUAAUUUUGGAAUAAUGCCCCCAAACAUAUUCACAUUUAUGCAUUAUACUUAUUGCCAUUGGCCACUUUGAUUUUUUGUUCGUUGUUUCCUCUAAUAGUUUGCCACUGACUUUAUCCUAUUUUUUCCUAGGGUGCUAUUUGUUAUGAAGGCUUCUUUAUAGGGGCCUAAUAAUAAUCUUUUUAUGAAGCCUGUGCAUUAGAUAGAUUUGAAACUAGGAGGAUUUUCUUUAGAAUGCUCUUUUGCAUGUAAAGCACAAACUGUUUCAGUUUAAAUGAACUUCCCUUUAAUUUUUUUAGGGAAGACAAGUGAGUCACAAACAUUCUGUUGAAGGGAAAUCUGGUCAGUUGCUUGGAAGAGCACAGCCCAAAUAAAACAAGGACUGACUAGGUUGUAAAGAAAUGACCUUACGACUUAAAAGAAGAGUUGCUGCUUUGACAGUGCUUAAAGAAAAAUACUGCUGGAAAAUUUACAAUUUCUACUACGUUCACCAUCUCUCAUGAGAUCUCACAUGUUAUGUUUUGAUUUGGCACACAGCAUGUUCAAUGAUGGUUACUCGCCUAGUACAAGACAUGGAGAAGAAACCUUUGGACACAGAGCAGAUGACACCUCCUUCUGUUUUGUAGUGUACCCUGGUGUCAUUUUCUGUGAAUGUGGUCAGGUAGAGUUGUUUUUGUUGUUGUUGUUGGGCCUUUUUUUUUUUUUUUUUUUGUUUGUUUUUUUUUUUUUUUUGUCUCUUGGUGGGGUGGGGGUGGGCUAAAGCCAUAGGAAGCAAAAUGUGAUGUAUGUGUCCAGUAUGUACUAUUUUGUUUUUGUUUUGCAAGAAGAGUUGAACUAUUUUUGAUAACAAGAGUAAAUGGUGGAAAAUGCUUCUUAGUUGUCUUGUCUUUAUUUGCUUUCCAAGUUUUGGAAUUUUAUUGAAUUCUAGUAUUAGCAUUGUCUUAUGAAACAUGUAUUUGCCUAAAGUUUGUAAUAGUUUUGUGUUGAACCCAGAUGCCCUGCUAUAUAUAAACUUGUAAACCUGUUCUUUAUUCACUUAUGAUCACUGCAAAAAUGACUAGAAAUGAGAUGUACACAUUGAUGAGGAUAUAUUUUGCAAAUCUUCCAAAUUUUCCUGAUACUUUGCUCUUAAAUUCAUGGAGUACCUUAUUGCUUCCCAAUUUGAUAAUCUUAGUUUUGUGUUUUUGAUGCAUGGGAGGUUGGCAAUAUAGACAAAAUGAAAAUCAUUAGUAUGUGAGGGCCUUGAUUAUCAUGUAAUAUUGCCAAUGAUGAAUUCAGGUUGUUUUUAGCACAAGUUUCUCUUUUUUAUGCUGGUAAUUCUCACUGCCACACUUUUGAAAACCUGUAUUACACCUUAAAUCUAUCAAUAAAUGUUAGUUUUCUAAUUCUAUGUUGUAGAAUACUGAGGAAUUUGGGAUAGCAUGCUCUGAAUGGCCUUCAUUACAUAUAUUUGGGGAAGAGUAAUUACAGUGCCUUUUUUUUUUUUUUUUUUACAUUGUUUUCCUGUAUACUGUGAGUUAUUUAGGAAUGCUGACCAGUGGCUAACUAGGGAUGAUUGAGAAAUUAUUACUGAAGUAACUGCAUUUCCUUCAGUAUUUGAAACCACUAAAAUAACAGCUUUUAAUGACACAUCUUCAUUGUUCUUUUGAAUCCUUGUUAUUGACAUAAAUGAUCUUUUUUUCAGACCUGACAACUUAGCCUUUUUUGGUUAGCUUUUCAUGCAGAGGGGUCUAGUAUGGUCACAGGAUAAAGAAGUCUUUUUAUUUCAUGAUGUUCUUAGUUUUCUAAAAAUAACAUUAUGGUGACCUUGCUGAAAAAAGUUUUACAUAAUAGGAAAAAAAAGUUCCUUUCUCAUAUUAUAGGUGUAACAAUAUAAAAUGAUUUAGGAAAUACUAAGUAUAGUAUUGGAAUCUAAUACUUGGAUGGUACUUUAACUUCUCUUCAAAAACAAAAUUUUAGGUAUUCAGAUAACAGUUACAUUCUUUUAAUAGAAUACAUUAUAAAGCUAAAGUCUCUUGAUUUCUGCAGACCCCUCACUCACAAAUCUGGUCCUUCUCAUUUCCAGAAGAAAUCAUUUAUCAGUUUUAGGUAUUAUAUCUCUCUUUAUAGUUUUCCCAGGGAGUCAAGAGAGUUACCUUUUUGAAACUCAAGCUUGCUUACAGUGUUACUCUUAAACAUAAAAAUGGAGUGUAGUUAAAAGCAAAAUCAUGUAGUGAUCAUCUUUGAACAUAAUUGAUAUUUGACAACUUGUCUUUAUUUAGUUUUGCAAAAAAAGGAAAAACAAAAUUAAAUCAUGCAGGUUUUUGCCACCCAAACACACUAACAUUUGCAAAAGUUGAGCAAAUGACUUACCUCAUUUCAAUUUAGAGUUUCAUCAACACUUUGAACAGUACACAGUGACAUAGAUAAGAUGCAGAGAAAAUACACAGAAUUUUAUUAGUUUAACUUGGCAGUUAUGCUAUGAAACUCAUUUUCCAUUGAAUUGCAUUAAGGUCAUGCACGAUAACCCUUUAAUCAAGGAGCCUGGGAUACCCUAAUAACAUGAAUUUCCAGUUGGGCAGAAUAAUUAUAUUCAGCAUGAUCUUACCAGAAAGUUGAAUAUAUACUAUCCUAGUUCCUUAGAAUUCACAUUUCUUGCAUUCAUCUCUACAGUGAAACACAUUCUUAUGUCUGAAAAUAUGAUAACUUUGGGGUCACCUAGAUUAGAAUAGCCUUACCUUAAAUGGAUUGACUAAUUAGUAGCUAUACUUUUAUAAGAUUUUUGAACCCAAAUAUUGAGAAAGUGAAAGAUGACUUUGAAAACAAGGUAAAACCAAUUUUUUUUUAAAAGGUAUGUUGGAAAAUUGAAUUUUAUCUGUACUUUUUGCUGAGUCUUAGAGCAUUAUGAUCAAACCUUUAAAUCAUAUCUGUCUUAAAAAAAUUACUAUCUUGUUAGCAUUUUUAUCUGCAAUUAAGAAAAUAAUUGCUAAUCUCCCUGGUAAAGGCUGUAUGGUACAGAUAGAAGAUUUCAUAUAUCACGUAAAUACUUUUAAUCCUGAUAAUUUACCAGUGUGUUUAGGUUAUUGCACGUAAUGUUUCCUAAGCAUUGUCAUUGUUAAACUUUUAGUUCUUUGUGAACAUUAGAUACUAAGUUUUAUGGUAAUCACUUUCUGUAAACAGUUAAAUGGAGGAUCAGUUCCUAUCAUGAAGGUAAAAUAACAGGAAACUGAAGCUAUUGACAAAAGUUUGCUAAUUCUGUUACUCUACCAAUUGAUGGUGCAUUUCCUAAAUUCUCCUUGAUUAUUUCAGUGUAUGGCCUUCACGUCAGCAAGGGAACCAAGGUGGGGUUGGAUGGGAAGCUAUUCUGACAUUCAGGAUUUGUGGUUUAAAAAAAAAAAAUCCAGGGAAAAGUUGACUUUGACAGAGAUACAUGUUAAAAUAUUUCUGGGGGGAAGGAGGGGAGAGGAAAUUCUUACACUACCAGAAAUUUUCAUUUUUUUUGGUUAGUGCAUAUCCAAUUUGAUCUUCAAGGAAAUUGCAGGAAUUGGCUGCCUUGUGUCUUGCUAAAAAAUACAGAAUUCUGCAACGAACAAGCCAACCACUAUAGUAAACACAAAACAGCUUGCUUUUAUGGGUGGCAAUUAUCUUUCAUUUUUGUGAGAAAUGUUGAGGUGGAUGGAGUAUUAAUAGUUUCUUUUCAACAUGAAGGAAUAUGUUUAGUAUGUAGUAGGAAUUUUCAUGUAUCAUGUAAGUCAGUCUUCAAGUAGGCCUCUUCUGAUAGGAAUUGUGGAUGGGACAUCAACUAAUUUGGAGAUUAAUAAAUCAUGCAAUGGUUCUCUACAGAUGUUAAAUGAGUUAAAAGGACAUUCCUCCCCAAGUACAAGUAAAACUCUGUACUUGUCUUCAUUUUAAAAAAGUUCUUUCUCCAGGUUUUAUAUGAGAUCCACAGUCAGGAUGGGGAGGAGGGAUUAUUCAGAGCUUGCCAGCAAGAUUGGAAGGCCCAGUGGUUAUAAUACCUGAGGAUGUAAAGUGACUAGCAGUUCGGCAGGUCAUUGUGAAAUUACAUUAAACCAAGUAAGUUCAAGAUCUUUGAACUCCAGUACACAUAUAAUUAAGUCUCUGAGAUGUUUUGGCAGUGCUUUUAUUACCAGGGCUGUCAGUUCUGGAGGCCCUUAAUUUUUCAAGUUCCAGAAUUUUUUAAUCAAAUUUUCUGCAAGUGAAUAUUUCUUCCAGGCUCCAUAGGAGCCUUGAGGGGCCUCAGGGAUGCUGGACAACAGAGGCAACUCCUGCUUUUGUGCAGAGAAGUGUGCUUGGUGCUGUCCGUGAGAUCCUUGGUACAUUCAGGAGCGAAGAGUGCGGAUACUUUUGCAGCCUUUGGUAGGUAAUGUAUGUCAUAUUUGCUUCAGAGGAAAAGCUCUGUAAAAGGUCUCAGGCGAAUUGGAGGAGUUUCCCAAACUGUGAGGGUAUCCGAGCCCAUUUAAAAACAUUUUAAAGUUACUAGUGCAGAUACACACUUGGCAAAAUCAAAGCCUUUGAAAAGCAAACUAGAGCAUCUCUUCACAAGAAAAACAUUGAAACGACAUGUCUCCCUUUUAUGUAGACGGUGGCAGCUACUCUUCAUCCACUGACUGUAGCUUUCCACAUUUCUCUGAAAGACUUGAGGUUACUAUUUUAUUGCCUUUGUUUCCAAAUUCAGAGAGAGGUGAAGAUUCCUCUGUUUCAUAAUCUUCAAAGGAGCUGCAAGAACAAAGCAAAAGUGAGUUGUUUUCUUUCCAAACAAAACUUUUUAAAGUCACCAUGGCAAAUCAGAGACUAAAGACCAGCUUCCAAAAGUGCUGUCAGCUGCUAAAUGGCAUCUAUAAACAAGCCACUCUGGAGAUGAUCAGAAAACAUUUUCUGUUUCUUGAAAGUCCAAGAUCACAUUAGAAUUGGCUGAAAAUGUGCUAUUGAUAUAGCAAGCUUUUCCUAGGAGCCUUAGGUGAAAAUGGUAACGCGAUGGGGGGCUGGGAGCCUGUGAGGUCCAUAAAGUAAAAGCUUUAUUUACAUGGAAUGCUUUCUUUGAAGUGGCUUCCAUGCAGAGUUGGGAACAUUCUCAACUCUCAAAUUUCUUGAUCGCUUCCAUGGCGUCUGAGUACAUUUAGAUGUGCAAAUGUGUGCAAAGAGUAGAAAUCUACAUGGAUUUCCUUCUGUUUGCAGACUUUUACAAUAUAUUUCCUCUAGUCAGACCCCUUUAGAGAUUACUAGGCGGUGGCUUUAGGUAGGGAUGGCAAAAUAUUUUCUUUCUUGGGAUGCUGGCUCCUUGACAUAUAAAAUUGAAAAUAUUGUGAGGCUACAUCUGAGUCCAGAAACAUAAAAUCAAUAGACAAUGUCUAGUAUAGUUUUUGGCACCAGCAGCUUAGCCAUGUUAUCCUUUAUAGGGAAGUUCGUAACAUCUGCACAGAAAUUUCUGGGCAUAUCCCUUUAUCAAUAAGGUACCAAGGCUGGCUAAUAAGGAAAACUAUGCUGAGGGAGUGCCAGUAGGUGGCACCGAUUCAACUUUCUAAAGCAUUUUUGAAUAGAGGGUAGAGAAUGUAU